UUUACGAUCGAUCACUCUCUUUUUAUAAGCUCUUUCUUCUACCUCGCUUUUUCACUCCUCACUAACUCGUCUCAAAAUACCAAAACCAAAUUCAGAUAAGCUAAAAAUGGCUGAUUGCAAACGCGCUUCUCCAACAAUUGUAGCUAUUAACGACUCUUCUCCAAACGGAACCUCCAUCUCCAAGAAAAGAAAAAUUACUCCUUCUGCUUCACAGUUACUAGCUUCUGAAAUGCCACACCAAAUUCCUAACUCGCUCACCGACUCACCGGAAAAAGCUAUAUCACUGGUUAAUUCCGUCAACUCCGCUGUCUCGGUGACUUCCAAUGAAAUUCACACGGAUCAUAGUCCGCUCACGUCUAGCUUCAGCUCCGGCAAGCUUACGGAAAAUGACCGCACGCCGUUAGAUCCGGAGCUGAAAACCAAGGGUUUUGAAACGGUAGAUUCAAACGCAACGAAACGCAAUUUGAAAUCGUUCAGGGAGGAAGAUAUUGAUGAAUUCUUUGCAAGAUUUGAGAGGGAAGAGCAAAAGAGGUUUGCAGAAAAGUACAACUUUGAUAUUGUUAGAGAUUUGCCGUUGGAGGGUCGUUAUGAGUGGGUUCGUUUACAUUGAAUGUGCUAUGAAUAAGAGAGAGAUUAGGAAAAAACAAAGAGUGCGUGCUAUUUUUAGUUUUUAGAGUCAGAGAGAGAGUUAUGGAGGGUGAAUUAGGGGAGAAUGUGGGACCAUGAAUGUCUGCAUUUUGACGCAUUCCUGUAAUCAGAAUAACCGCAGUUUGUGUAAUAGUUGAAUUGAGAUUAGACAGUUCAGAUUUCAAAGUCGAUUAUUCCAUUUGGAGAGGGUGAGAUGAGAUGGUAGUAAUUAGGGUGUUGUGAGUAGUGGUUCCCACUGGACACAGGUAACUAGUAUAAGGAAGCUAACCUGACACAAGGUUAAAAGAAAUUUACUGUGCAAUAAUAUACUAUAGUUAGGAUUUUUGUACAGCUAUAACUUUACUGUAACUGCUUAAUUUACUCUUUAUGUUGGAUACAAUAAGCUAGCUUUUCUGCAACAAUCUCAGCUGAGCUCUCUCAUAGAUACAAUUAGAAUUUUAGAAUCUUGUUAUUUUCUUCAGGUUAAUUUAAUUAAUACAGUGGGGCUGUGACUAUUUCAGUGUUUGUUUCAUAA